AUGAUAGCUAUGUCGAGAGAUACUAAAAUAUUUGGACUUGCUAUUCUAGUUUGUCUAGUUUCUAUCGCGAUAGUUAUAUGGAUUUACCAGCCAAUGGUAAAAACAAAUGCCAACAAAUUGACAGUAAAGGAAAUAAAGAAAACAUUACUUUUUGUAGAAUCAAAUCUGAUUUUCAUAAAGUAUCUGAUGAAGAAUUAUUACGAUAAUGAAUAUAAAUUAAAAGAAAAUGAUAUUACAAUUAAAGAUAAAGCUCUAGAUAAUAAAUUUGAAGAUCUAGAUAAGGAAGAUAAACUACGCGAAAUUUGUGUUUUAGGGAUCAAACUAUUGCGCAAUUAUUUACAUGAUUCAAAAAAUAAUAUUGAUUAUCCAAAAGCAAUCAUUAACAUUAUAGAUCAGGUUUUGGAGAAAACUAAAAGUAUAAAUAAAGGUGACUCUCUUGAUACUGACAAAUGGGAACUAUAUAUCGUCGACAUACCCCAUUUAAUGGCCAUGUAUUAUUUAAUUGCCGAAGACGAUAGUUCUAAUACUAACAGGUUAACUCAAUGCUAUGAAUAUAUUACGAAAGUUAUAACCUCUGACAUGGAAUCAACCUGCCCCGGAUCUACAUCUCAGCUUAAUUUUAUAAAAAUUGGUACACCUUAUUUGCUAACGAAUUACAUACGAUCACUUAAAGAUGAGACCUGUGUAAAUUUAUACAAAGAAACUAGAAAAAAUAAGAAUUUAGAGUUAUUGAAUAGGUAUUUAUCGUAUGACACUAGUGAAGAAGUAAGACAAAAAUAUGGCGUCUUGCGGGUAGAUUACGGCAACAACUUGAAAAAUAAACAAGCUGAAUCCUUUAAGUGCACACUCUUGAUGGAUAACGUUAAAUAUAGCGACUUGUACAGUGCUGUUUAUGACUCGCUUGAUGUUCCUGGAAAUAUAUGGAAGUCACUCGAGGCCGCUGCAAAGGCUCAUAGUGAUUUAAUUCAGGCAAGCCGUAUUAAUCCUUAA